AUGGCGAAACGUUCCAGCCAAGAGGGUAUCCUCAGCCGACAGAAGGUCAACAUACACACCGUUGUUGUGCUGGUUCUCCUUGGGUUUGGCUCCGUCACUGCUGGUUACUCUGCAGCUGUGAUGGGAAUCACCUCAGGCCAACCAUCCUUCAACGAAUAUUUCCAUCUUGAUUCACGUUCCAAUGGCGCAGACCUCCUCGCCACCAUGAAUGGGCUGUUCUCGGCCGGCGGCGUGAUCGGUACAUUGUUGCUCCCCACCAUUGCAGACAAAUGGGGCCGUAAAUGGGCGUGCGCUGUGUCUGCCAUUCUGACCAUCGUGUCUGGUGCCCUUCUGGCUGGCAGCGUCAACGUCGGCAUGUUCAUCGCGUUCCGCUUCAUCGCAGGCGCGGGUUCGUUCAUGUCUCUUGCUGCAGUGCCUCUCCUCAUGAGUGAAAUCGCCCCAGUCCAGAUGCGCGGUGCGCUGAUCGACAUUCACGCCUCCAUGUUCUCAGGCGGAUACGCCAUUCAAGCCUGGAUCGGGUUUGGUUUUUACUGGUGGACCAGUGAAAGCUCCAAUGCAUGGAGACCACCAAUUGCCAUUCAAUGCUUUUGGCCCCUGAUCUUAUUAGUUGGGCUUUUUUUCGUCCCAGAAAGCCCGAGGUGGCUGAUGAUGCAGGACAGGGCCUCCGAGGCUAAAGAAAUCCUGUUGAAGCUCCAUCUAGACCCCACUGAUCCGAACAACGACGCUGCCCACGCAGAGUUCUACCAGAUUCAGAAGCAGAUCGCAAUCGACAAGACUCUGGGGAAUACGUGGUGGCAUAUCCUGAAGAAGCCUUCUUACCGAAAGCGAGCCCUUAUCGGGUGCGGUAUCACGGUCAUGACCCCCUUCUCCGGUAUCUAUGUCAUCAAUGUCUACGGCCCGACACUGUACAGGUUGCUUCAAUAUUCCACGACCAAAGCACUCCUAUUCCCGUCACUAUGGUCUACUUUCAACUUUGUGUGCAACGUCAUCGCCAUCACUCUUGUGGACCGCUUUCCACGCCCGAAAUACAUUGCUUUCGGGAUGUUUGGAUGCAUGGCGAGCCUCAUCGUCGAGACGGCGUUGAUAGCCAACUUUGUCCCGUCUAACAACGGCGCGGCUCUCCAAGCCGCAGUGGCCAUGUUCUUCAUAUUUUCGGCCUUCUUCAAUCUAUGUAUCGAUGGCACACAAUUUUCGUACCUGGGAGAAGUCUUUCCCACUCAUCUACGCGCCAAGGGUGUCUGUUUAGGCAUAGCCCAUAUAUCUUUCCAGAACAUUCUCUGGCUACAGGUUGCGCCUGUGGCGCUGCGAAAUAUUGGGUGGCGGUUUUUCCUCUGUUUCAUUAUCCCCGGGACGAUCGCCUGCAUUGUCAUGUGGAUUUGGUUUCCGGACACCAAGGGCCGACCGUUGGAGGAAAUCGCGGCGCUUUUUGGCGAUGUCGACGAGGUUGCCAUCUACCAGCAUGAGAUCGAGAUUGACGCAGCAACGCACACCAUUCGAGACCUCCACCAGGAAACCAAAAGCGCUGCUCAAACUCAUUUCGAAUGUAUCUCACAUCAUGAAACAACGGGCUCCGAGAAGUAUUGA